AUGGACAUUCAACACAGAACCGCAACUCGCCCUGCGAGUAGUCUCCCGAGACCGACUUCGAGAUUGCCCCUGCCGACCCCAGCAGCAUCGAAGUCUCUCCGGCCCUCACCUUCUAGAGACCGAUUGCAGGCGGACCCUGGUUUGGACCAUAGUCGGCUACGGAGACCCUCCCGCGAGUCCCUCCUCACGAAGCCCACUCCGCGCUAUUCCACUCCGCGCUAUUCCACCCCGCCGAAGGUCAUUCGCGAAGACCAGCCUACGCAAACCGAGCCCCAGAAUGACGUGAAUCAAAUACAAAUUGCAGAGGAUGAGAGCCCGGCGGUGGAAGAAGAAGAAGUUGAAGUGGCCGACGAAGCCCGUGGUCGUACUCUAUCGGAUCGGACAAUCGAAACGCUGUCGAGUAUUCCUCCCUCGCCGGGUUCCGUGAAGAGGCAGUCAAGCUUUUUCAAUGGGGCCAGUCCAAUCCGAUCUCCGUCACGGACACCAUCCAAUGUCUCUUCAUAUUCGCGAUCGCCCUCACGAUCAUCCUCUGGACAGGCCAGCAGCGACUUCUUGUCACAGCCUGUAUCCAAGCUUCGCCUUCCUUCGAGAUCCCGCAUGUCGGUACCGUCCACUUCGUCUCUGCCAACGAGCAAUAUUCCGGAUACUAGCGAAAGUCCCCGGAGGCUGAAGUUGUCGUCAUCGAGACAAAGCCUUGUAGUUGGUAAUGGUGGCUCCGAUACCAGUGUCACACCAAAGAAGACGAUUUCGGACCGAAACAUGCUGAAAGGGCCCGCUAAAGCCUCGCCCGCUCGCCCUUCUCCCGGCAAGACAUCCUCAAAACCUACGCUGUCAGACAUGCGUCCUCCAGAGCGACCACUUCAUGUACGAAAGACAAGGAAACCCCAGACAGACUCACCGUCUGCAGCAAGAUCUCCUUCAGCUGCGUCACGAACGCCCUCGCGAUAUGUGUCUGCUGUAUCUUCUUUGCAAGAUGAACUCACCCCAGAACAGCAGGCUGAAAGCGAAGCCAGGAAAGCUACAAAGUCAUCGAACGCUUUACGUGAUACCAUUGCAAAGGCAAAGGCUGCUAGAAAGGCGGCGGCAUCGAAAGAAAAGACCGAGCCUGGGCCUCAGAUCAAACCUGUCAAUACAUGGGACAGUAUUGAUGCCGAGGAUCCGUUCAAUCAGCUCCCCAAGGGCUCAAACACUGCCGUGCUUCGAAAUCGCGUGGAGAGCGCCCGCAAAUCGGGUACUUUGAAUAUUGCUGCCUUAUCUUUAAAAGAGAUCCCGAAAGAGGUAAUCGAUAUGUACGAAUUCGAUCCCGACGCAACCAAUUGGUUCGAGAACGUAGACCUCGUCAAGUUCAUUGCCGCAGACAACGAAUUGGAAGAGGUGGCGGAUGCCGCUUUUCCUGACAUCGAUCCAGCGGAUUUCGAUCCCGACAGUGCGGAGCGAGGUCCUCAAUUCGCCGAAUUGGAAGCCCUUGACCUUCAUGGAAACCUACUCCAGACCGUCCCAAUGGGUAUUCGACGACUGAACCAGUUGCGCUUCUUGAAUCUGUCUAACAAUGCCAUAAGCAUGAACAAACUUCAAAUUAUUUUGGAGAUACCUUCUCUCACAGAUUUGAAGCUGGCCAAUAAUCAGCUGAGUGGGCCAUUGUUCCCAGAAAUAGGUCGUCUUAGCCAACUGGAAUCGCUGGAUCUGCGUGGCAAUGGUCUUACAUCGCUGCCCGAAGAAUUGGUAGAAUUGACAAGCCUCAAGACAUUGGAUGUGGGCGAAAACCAGUUGAUCUCUUUGCCAUUCGAAGCAUUGAGCAAACUUCCCCUGCGAACACUCAAUGUUCCCAAGAACUCGUUACAAGGCACCCUGAUACCGGAGGCUGUGGAUCGUCUGGAGAAUCUGCAGUCUCUGAACAUUGCAGGCAACACAGUGGAAGUAUUUGCAGCCAACGAGGCGCUUACUCUACCCAGCCUCCAGAACCUUUAUAUCGGUUUGAACCGUAUCAAACGCUUACCCCGUGUGUCUUCAUGGGAAUCACUUUUGGUCUUGUCGGCCGAGGACAACCGUCUUACACAGCUCCCGGCAGGAUUUGUGGAACUCAAGAGUCUCAAGAGCGUUGACUUUACCGGAAACAACCUUACUCAUUUGGAUGAAAAGAUCGGGCUCAUGACGAGCCUUUCGUCGCUCAAGAUUGCUAACAAUCCGCUUCGCGAUCGCAAGCUUUUGAGCAUGGGCUCGGAGGAAAUUAUACAGAACCUGCGAAACAAAUGUGAACCUGAGCCUCAGGACACCGACGACGAGGGAUCAGUUGCGACUCAGUUCACACUUGCACCGGAGACCCCUGCGUUGGAAAAUACCUGGAAGGUCAAGCCUGGUGGUGUCGUUGACAGAUCCUACUCGGACCUGACAGAUCUUGAGACAGACAAUUUGGAGCUAGUCAACGCAGACGAUGUUCGCUGUCUUUAUUUGCAGCAUAAUAAACUGCCCUGCUUCCCCAUCUCGACACUAAGAAUCCUCGCCCAUGGUCUGAUUGAUCUCGAUCUUUCCCACAAUCCCUUGGACAGCUCUAAGCUGAUAUCUUCACCGCUUGAGCUUCCUAAAUUGCAGACUCUCAACUUGAGUGCUGCUGGCCUCACCUCGCUGGAAUCUCUCUUGAUUGGCCUAAAAGCCCCGUCGCUCAGCAUCCUCGAUUUAGCGAACAACCGGUUGAAGGGACCCCUACCACAUAUUCGUCAGACCUUCCCAGAACUCAAAACCUUCAUCGCCGCCGACAACAAAUUUGAAAGCCUAGAAUUUGAGGCAGUGCAAGGCCUCCAGGUUCUGGAUGUUAGCAACAACGAUGUUGAUUAUUUGCCACCCAAGAUUGGGCUGCUUGGUGCUGAACGCAACCCUCAAAACUGGGGCAGUGGAACGGCUUUGAGACGCUUCGAGGUUGCAGGCAACCGUUUCCGGGUUCCUCGAUGGCAAACCGUCGCCAAAGGUACUGACGAAGUUUUGGAGUUCCUGAUGAAGCAUAUUCGCGAAAAUGAUUUGCCAGAAUGGGAGCGUGAGGAUGCCCAAGUUGGCGAAUAUUGA